UCGUGCAACACACACGCUCCGUACUCGCGCGCGCGCUGACACACAACAAAGUGAUCCGGUUGCGAUUUCCGAGCGAGCGAGCGAGCAGACGGGAUGCCAAAAAAAGUGAUGACCGGCGGAAAAGCGGCUUCUUCUUCUGUUUCUUCUUCUUCUGUUUCUUCUUCUUCUGGUCGGCGUUGUUGCUGAACAAAGCUCCAGAAGAGACGGAGCUGGGAGGAAAAGAGAAAGGAAGCUUGCUCGCGCGUGCUUUCUCCCCGGCAAGUUGCGCGCAGAGUUUUUUAGCGGCAGCAUUGUUCCGAUUUCACUCCAGAGGGGCCGCUCCGAGGAGAGAGGACGCACACAAAAGAGGGCAAAGAAAGGACUAAACCAGCACGCUUCGCCCCUUAAAGUACAGCCGACAUUUCUCCUCUCUCUCUCUCUCUCUCUCUCUCUCUCUCUCUUCUUUCCCAUUUUAUUUUAUUGUAUGUUUUUUUUUUUUAGUCCCGUCGGUUUGUGUCCCCCCCUCCCUACAUACGCACACCCCCCUCACACACACUUUUGUCGCCGUGAGAGAGUGGACGCGCCGCGGCACCGAGGAGCAGCAGCUGUCCACAUGGUCCAACCGCUGGCGUGAAAGUUGACUUCUUCAGAAAACGAGAGAACAGGUGCCAGUGAUGAUGGUGGAAUCAGCCUCUGAGACCAUUCGAACGACACCGUCCAGCCAGAACGGAGUCAGCAGCCUCAGCAGCCAGUCGGAUGGAGGGGGUGGUAGAGAGGGCGGAUCUAACGGCGACACCAAUGGAGAGAUCAGCCCAGUCGACUUACUUCACCUGCAACAGCAGCAGGCACUUCAAGCAGCUCGACAGUUCCUCCUCCAGCAGGCCUCUGGACUCAAUUCUCCCAGCAGCAACGAGGUCAAACAGAGCCCCGUGCAGGUGCCUGUGUCCAUGGCUAUGAUGAACCCACAGAUGAUCACUCCUCAGCAGAUGCAGCAGAUCCUGUCUCCCCCUCAGCUCCAGGCCCUUCUGCAGCAACAGCAGGCGCUGAUGCUACAGCAGUUACAGGAGUAUUACAAGAAGCAACAGGAGCAGUUGCAUCUCCAGCUUCUUACUCAGCAGCAGCAGCAGCAGCAACAGCAACAGCAACAGCAGCAGCAGCAGCAGCAGCAGCAGGCUGGCAAGCAAGCAGCGAAAGAGCAGUUAGGCAGUAAGCAGCUGGCCUUCCAGCAACAGCUGAUCCAGAUGCAGCAACUUCAGCAGCAGCACAUCCUCAACCUUCAGAGACAAGGCCUGGUGCCUCUGCAGCCCACCGCCGCCAUGCAGUCUCUACAGCAAGCAAUGUGUCCGUCAGACCUCCAGCAACUGUGGAAGGAGGUGUCAGGCGUGCCAAACAGUGAGGAGGCCCUGAAACAGGCCGAGGGCCUGGACUUGAGCACCAACAGCUCCAACUCUACCUCAUCCUUCCCCAAAGCUGCUAGCGCUCACAUCCCCAUGCACAGCUUGCCCAAUGGACAGAGCCACACCCCAAAGAGAGACAGAGCCAGACUGUUUGAGUGGAUAUCCUCCUUCACCAAGGCAGACAGCGGAGAUGACCAAGUCUCCCUUUACCCCAAAGGCAACCAACCCCCCAGCAGCCAUCAUGAAGAGCAUGCUGGCUCCCAUCCUCUCUACGGGCAUGGAGAGUGUAAGUGGCCCGGCUGUGAAGCACUGUGUGAGGAUAUGGGACAGUUCAUCAAGCACUUGAACAAUGAACACGCGCUAGACGACCGCAGCACCGCUCAGUGCAGAGUCCAGAUGCAGGUCGUUCAGCAGCUGGAGAUACAGCUGGCAAAAGAGAGUGAACGACUUCAGGCCAUGAUGGCCCACCUGCACAUGCGCCCUUCAGAGCCAAAACCUUUUAACCAACCUUUACACAGCUUCAUGAUGGAGUGGAACAGAGAAGGAUUAUACUUUAAUUCAGGGAACCACCCUGCUCAGCCUGGCUUCUCUCUACAGCUAAACCUGGCUUCCAGUGGCUCUCUGUUAAAGCGGGACAGUGACGCCUACCCAGAGGGUCUUCCCCACCCACCCACCUCGGCUGCCACCCCCAUCACACCGUUGCGCCAGGGACCCUCAGUUAUCAGCUCCUCUAGCCUGCACCCACACUCCCACUCCCACACGCAUGCAGUUGGGCCCAUACGAAGACGCAACUCUGACAAGUACUGCACCCCCAUCGCCUCAGAACUGGCUCAGAACUGUGAGUUCUACAAGAACGCUGAUGUCAGGCCUCCUUUCACCUAUGCCUCUCUUAUACGUCACGCUAUUCUGGAAUCUCCAGACAGACAGCUGACACUCAAUGAGAUCUACAACUGGUUUACAAGAAAGUUUGCCUACUUCAGGAGAAACACAGCCACAUGGAAGAAUGCUGUGCGCCACAACUUAAGUCUACAUAAGUGUUUUGUUCGCGUUGAGAACGUGAAGGGGGCCGUGUGGACUGUGGACGAAAUUGAAUACCAAAAGCGGAGACCACCAAAGAUGACCGGAAGUCCCACUCUGGUGAAAAACAUGAUUUCAGGCCUGGGCUUUGGAUCCCUAAAUGCCAGCUACCAGGCGGCACUGGCAGAGAGCAGUCUGUCCCUCCUGAACAGCCCUCCCCUGGUGACCCCUCCCUCUGCGGCCAGCCUCAACAUGCUACAUGUGGGCCACGAUGAUGUCAGUUCCACCGUGGAGCAGGUCAACAGCAACGGCAGCUGCAGCCCCACGCUCAGCCCCCAACAAUACAGCAGCCACCCGGUGCACGUGAAGGAGGAGCCCACUGAGGUGGAGGAGGAGAGCCUGCCCAUAUCCCUCCUGACCGGUGUCACACACAGCCUGCCGUUACCGAGCGACGAACGUGACCUGGAGGAGGAGCUUCCCACAGAGGAGCUGGAGUAGGACACACCCAGGUUGGGUCAGAGGGGCGGGACUUAGCAAAAAUCAAUCCCAAGCCCUGUCGUCAGCGCGAAGAGGAAAAGAUAGCUGCAAAAGCAAAAAGAAAGAGACGAGGAAAAGAGAAUGUUUGUUUUUUCUUUUCUUUUUUUAUAGUUUUUACAAAAAUGCAACAAACCAAGGACGGCAUAGACAAAUUCCAAACAGGGUUAUAUGACCUCCUUUUUUUUUCUUUUUUCUUUCUUUUUUUUUCUUUUUUCCAGAUGCAAAAUUGAGACUGUGGAGCACUGCUUUACUCCCAUGUGUUUCAUUUCAAACAUGUGGCUCAAAGGUGUAAUACCACUCAUUGCAUACGUGCACGCAUGCACCUACACACAUAUACACACAAACAGAUAUGUGCACACACACAUGUCGUCCUCCUAAGCCGUGCUAGAAACAGCCCGUCGAGGCUUAGACACUGUCCCCUCCCCUUCCUCACCCGACACUCUGCAGCCACACAGGUGCACGAAACGCACAGUCCGUGUAUAUAGAUUUGGAGCAGUCGUCAGGACUCCACCCUUUAAGUCAGUCACUUGCUUUUUUCAUUUUCUUUCAUUUGGAAAGAAACUUCUUCGCUUUGCUGUGGAACUAAAGAUGGAGGAAGGAACGAAGGAAGAGUGCUUUCACCUCCAGCAGUGCGCCCCCCCCCCCCUGCAGAGCGGACGUGGCCCUGCCCAUACUUCUGCAGCCCACCACCACCACCACAAGACACUUAGUGUUGGACAUCUUUAAAACUUUUUGCGACAAAGAAAGAAAAAACAGGAGUCUGUUUCUUCCCACCUCCGAAGACAACAAGACUGCAGGACCAUUUCGGUGCUGCUCUUCUCUGUUCCACCUGCGGAUGGAGCGACAAGCUCGGAAAACGUUAAGGAAAGAGAAGAACCAUAGAGAAAAAUGAGGGAGGGAGCACCAAGAGAAAUAUUGUGAUUUUAAAAAAUUAAAAAGAAAACUGUUGAUUAUUAUGAAAUAUAUCACAAGAAAAAAGUGUGGUAGCUUUGUCAUUUCUUUUUUUUUAAUUUGUUAUUAUCUUUGUUCAUUUUUGAUGAUCAAUAUUUCUAUGGUGGCGUUCAGUUUCAAAGUACCUUUUCUAAGAAUGCUGUAUUGUUUUGUAUUGUAAUUUGAUUUUACUCUGUUUGUUCACACCAUUCCAAAUGAGUAUUGGCAAAAAGAAAGCGCAGUAUUGUCCCGAAGUGUAACCAUCCCGACUCCCAUUCCUUACCCUUUUUCUCCCAAGUGUAGCAGGCAAAAAAAAAAAACAAGAAGAAAUUGGAAAUAGCACUUAGAUUUGCCGGUAUCCAGACAAGAUUAUUUAACUUUUUUAAAGUUCCGUUUCAUUUACUUUGGUUGUGUUUUUAGUUGAGAAAUACCAGUAAUGCUUUAAAAAUAUAUAUAUUAUUAUUACUGCAGUCAGAGAAUACCUCAUCCCACAUAAGUUCCACCUGGAACUGUGUCCAAAUUGUUAAAGAAGAAAAAGCAGGAAUUCUUUCUGUGGGACACCAAAAGUGGCAACUCUGCUCGGCGUGGGUUCAAAGCUCUAUGGGUGUAAUAGUUACUGUGUCAAAGCGAUCUGCAAUUCACUGUGUGAGUUUAUGUUCAAUGAAAAGCAUGUGAGAUUUAUUGGUUUUUUUUUUUUCUGUGAUCAUAAGCAUGAUUUCUCUCAACAGUGCCAUACCAAAUUUAACACUUAUGUUAAUCUAUUAUCUUAUUCCCAUUUUUAUUUUUGUUACAGGUAACCAAAGAAGUAUGUAGAAAACCAAAAACCCUGUACUUUAUUUUGUCCCCUUCCCUUUAUUGUUUUUUUUUUCUUUUCUUAAAGAAAUGGCCAAAAGACAACAAACCAGGAGUUUGAAUUCUUAUUAUUGUAUUCAUAUAUGUAUUGUGUUGGAAUGAUAUGUAACAGUGCUGACCAUUCCGAAAACCAAAGUUUGUCAAGCAAACUCAAAUUUGGAGACGGCAAAGCUUUUAUGUGACAAGCGGUUCUGAAUGACUCACCUUAGGUAUGAGGCCAAAAAAGUAAAUAAAUAAAUAAAAAAUAGUACUUAAAAAGCUCGCACAGUUCCCCUGAAAACAAAAAGAGAGUUAGCGAGAAAAAGAAAAAGCACUUAGAGGUGGAACCGUGUCUCCCACACUCAGGCUAAACUGUGUUCCAAACACAACCUAAGGACUGGCCCGAAUAUAAGCAGGCCUAAAACCAGGCAUUUCAACACAAAAUGUACUUUUGCUACCUGAGACGCCAGCAGAAAAAAACGGAGCGAGAGAGAGAGAGAGGGGGGCUGAAUGACAAGGAAGGUUUUGGCUCUCUACUUUUUCUGGUGCUGUCAUAAUACAUUUUAAGUCACUUGAAAAAAACAAGAAAAGGCGCUUUAACACAAACAUGCCUUCUUGAUCUGUGUGUUGUAUUUGCAAGUAGAGGAAAUGAAAAGAAGUAACAUUUUUAGACAGGGGGCUGACUUAUUCCAAAUAUUGAAUGAUUACAACAAAAUGGAAACAGGUCUCACACACACACACAUAUAUACAUAUAUUUAGAUAUAUGUCUAUAUAUAGGUAUAUGCAGAUUAUAUAUCACUUGGAAAAGGAAAACAAACAAGGGACAUCAUGUAAUUAAAGUUGGAUUCAUAUUUUCACAUUUUUGUCAAACUCUCUCUUGCACGUCAGAUGAUUUUCUUAUUUAAGGACAGGAACAUUUUACUGUGUUUCCUGUGACAUUUCUAAUACAAAGUGGCAGGCAGAAGCCUUGAAAUGAGAUAUAAACCAAAAAUAACACUACCUCCUUUUCAAAAUGGUUCAAAGCAUAGCCAACAGGAGAAUGACCUCUCCAUAACAUUUUUACUUUUUUCCAUUCCCUAAUAACAAUGCCAAAAUUCUUCUUACACUUACUGUAUGACUGACAAAAAAUAAAUAAAUUUAAAAAAAAAUUUUUAAAGGAAGAUAUUUGGUGAUCUGGAUACCCUAACACACCUGCUCGAGGCCAAAAAUCAUAGAGGCGUUUCACUUUUCCUGGAAUGAAAUAAGUCUACCUCUCCUCAAACCACAUCGAGAAAAACGUUUCCUAUCAGCCGUGUAAGUCCUGAUCCCGGUUAACACUGAGCUAUGUAAAUGGCCUUGUGGAAUAGUAGAAGCAGGGCCACAGCUUACAACUCAGAUAUCCAAAGACCCACACAGAGCGACGGCCCCUUCUACUAACAGGCCGUCCAUCACUACUGCUCGUAACCAAGAGGAACUGCUGCAUAGUUGAUCUCUGACUUGUGCUUUAAGGUACAUCUGUAAACAAAGCUGUUUUAUAAAGACAUAGAUUGUUCACAGGUCACAGAGUAACACGUGUGUUCUUUCUCCAGCUUGCCAUAACAUGAUGUAUUCUUGUAUAUUAAUGCUAGACUUAUCACCCAGGGCAUUGUUUUUCAUUUUUUUCCCCCACUUUUUUCCACACCUGUUUAGCUAUUGUAAAGCUUUCUGCUCUGAUUCCUAUACUGUACUGCUAAUGCUGAAAUAUAUGUAUUUAUCAUAUUAAGUACUGCAGGUAUCUUGGUUUAACCAUUUUGUUUAUUGGUUUCCAAUUUCUUUCUAGUUUUCGUCACAAAACGUCUGGGACGCUGAUUUUUUUUUAAGUGUAUUAUUUCAAAAAAAUCUAAAAGAUAUACGUUAGAUCUGUGGUUUAGGUAACACCUGUUUGUAUAUUUAUCUUAGCUAGGUCUAUUUUGAUACCUAUUUGUCUCUGUACUGCAUUUAUGCAUUUUUAAGGAAAGAAGAAAACAAACUAAAAUGUUAUUUCAUUAUGUAUUGAUACCUCAGAAGGACUUUUCUCAAAGACAGGACCAAAAUAUCCAAAAAAGAAAAUGAGGAAUAAGAAUAUGUAGCCCAUCUCUUGCUUUAAAAAACACUCUAGAAAGGUAUUAGUAGUUGGUCCUUUCAGGUGCCAAUCUGUGUUCUAGCCCUCUGUGACCCCUAACCCUGUCAUCCUGUGCUGAACUCCAACCUGCCAAGCUGUCAAUCACCCACGGGCACUGUAGGGCCUGUUACUGAGUCACACACCUGACAUUUAGUGACCAGUCACAAACCCCGUCUCCCAGUCCCACAGAGGAACAUCACAGAUCAUCAUGGAUGCAUUUUUGAUCAUCCUUGUCUUGCACCAAAAUGUGGAAUGUGUCUCUGAGAUACAGCUCAUCCACUGACUACCAAAGGCGUUGCAAGCAGCCAUUGCUUAGCCCAAGCCCUCUGAACUUUAACCAAAUUGUAACCAAACCAUGCCACAAUCAUAACCAAACAAAAAGCAAGCUAACUCCAAAACUCUUUAUCGACUUCACUGAUCACCUUUAGCUGUUUGAUCUCAAGCAGAUUAUGUCCUCAUAUCUGGUGUUUGACUCAGUGGACACAGGGCCCCCAAAAUCCUGAUUGGUGGUUGGACAGUUCUGAGGUGUCAUGUGAAGGCGGGGAGGUAGUCUCAAAGUGGAGCAGUGCCUGACGGUAUUAUCACGUAGACAGCCAGAAUCCGACAGAUCGACCACUUCAGCUCUCCUCUGGUUAAACCUUAGGAAUGUGUGUACAUUUUCAGCAGUGACUCCAUAAUUGUUUCUUCAUUUCAGUUUACCUGUUUACCUCUCUUUAUCUUUUGGUUUUGUUCUGUUUUAUUUGAAUUUGUAACCUGAGACAGAGGGACAGGGACCAGGCGGCGGCUUUAGAUGGACAGCGAAGCCCCGCCCUCUGCCCCUCCUCCCCAGGUAGCCAUGUAAUGCCAGUCACUGCCCUUUCCUUCAUGCUGUAUAAAACACACACAUAUAUCUGUGUAUUUGUAACCUAAAUCUUGUGUCUGUCCACGCAGACAAUAAAAAAAACUGUACAGUAGGUCUAGUUGCAUGUAAUCUGUACUAAUUAUUGACAAUGGCAUUAUAAAAUGCAAUAAAAUACUUAUUACACUGUC